CUGUCUUUUGCACAGAGUAUCGGACAAAGACACCCUAAAUAACUUAAGUAAAUACCUGUACACUUAACAAAGGUAAGAGGAACUACCUUAGCACCUAACGAAGUUCUGUGGUUUUUUAAUACAGGAAAAAGGUCAGUAAAACCAAAUCUUUUCCUGUAUCUUUAGAGUUGUUCACUGUGUCAAUUCAGCCCAAGAACACAGAGGUUCAUGGAGUAAAAUUCUGUGUGUCAAUAUUUUGUUUUUCAACACAGGAUUUGAAGGAGUUUAAUAAUACCAGGCAAUGGACAUCAAACGGCAGACAGACAGUCAUCACUAGAUUAGAAGAAUGCUGCAGAAUAAGGAGACGGUCAUGAUGGAGGACCAGCAGAAAUCGGCAUACCAAAAGAUGCUAAACAACAUUGCAAAUGACCUUGACCUCUUGCUGAAUGACUUCUGCACAAUAUACCCAACCAAAGAAAAUCAAGUGACCUUCAAAGCAUAUGGAACGGGGCAGUCAUGCAAUUCCAGUCAUAUGGUGGGGGAGGAUAGCGCGUUUGGGACCCUAGCGUCCACCGACAGCUUCUCACACAACGAGAAAAACGAAUCGAUAAAAUCGGGACAUCUUGACAUCUUCGGAUUACAGCCACAACAGACCCUUCAAAUUCCCAGCAUUAUUAAUGAAUCGGAAGUAGGCCUGCCCAUUAGAACAUGCAGUGAAACAAACCUUGAACAGCGACACAUUUCCUUUCAUGAGCGCCUGACGAAGACACACCCCAUCUGGCACCUCCCAGAUAUCGGCAGAUCAGGGGCAGUUCAUCUCCUCAAGGACCGGGAACCAGGGACUUUCAUCAUCCGUAACUCCAGCCAAAGCAAUACUAUAGCUCUCUCAGCCCAGUUCCCCGAGAAAAACCGGGCCAAUGUGGACCACUAUCUCAUUCAACAUUCAGAGAAAGGCUUUAGAAUCCAAGGCUCACUGCAUUACUUUGCAUCUAUUUUUCAUCUCCUUGAUCAUUACCACCACUGGACUGACGAACUACCCUGUCCACUUCUUCUACCCCCCACCAUCCGUAGGGCAAAGACUCUUCAAGAAUUAACGUCUUUGUCAUAUUUAGGUCAAGAUUUCUGGACAUCCUACAAGUUUGAUAGAGGUUCCCAGAUGGACUUAUCCCUAAGCAAACCAAACCUUCACAAAUCCAAAAGUGAACCUAUAAACAUUGUCCAUGGCAGUCAUUGUGUUCUGCGAAAGCCCUCCCUGGCCUCUGAUCAGCAGGGUUCCUCAAGCACCCUGGAAACUCUGGGGAAAUCCUGCCAAUCUUCCUCCAGUAAAGGAAGUUUGAACCACACCCCCUCAAGUGUGGAGGAUAAUGUAGGGAGAGGGUUGGACCACAAGAGGCCCUCUAGAGAGGGAAGUUCUGCUGAAAGUCUUCUCUCUAAUGAAUCGGGGGGCAGGUCUGUUAAUCAGCCCUCUCAGACUUCACUGUACUUCACAACUUCUCUAGAUUUACUGAACAUUCCAGAGGAGAACCAAUAUUUCAAAAGUAAUCUGUCAGACAAGAUGUCAGAUUAUGAGGACAUUUGGAGGCAUUCCAUUUCUUCACAUGGUGUGCUUAGUCCUGCUCCCCCAACACCAAAGAAAAAAUCCAGUAAGAAAGGAAAGAGGAAAGAAAGAAUGUCAGUGAAAGAAACAAUCAAGGAAAAAGAAGCUGUAGAUUCAGAAAAUGUGUGUGAUAGCAAUAUUCCCAACUCAGUGCCAGAGAAAGAGUUAAAGUAUGAUCUCAAUGCUUCCACUUUCCCUUCCCCAAAACCUAAAUCCAGCAUUCACAGGACUUUGAGUUUGGAUGACUACAAGAUAAAAAAUGCCAUACGUAGUGAAGAUGUGGAUGCUGAUCUUUUAGAUGAGAAGUUUAACACUAGUUCUGUACAAACUCAGACUAGUCCAAAAAUGAAAACAAAACCCUCCCCACUCCCUGUCAAUGAUGACUCUUCAUCCACAUCGACUGCUCUGUCUUCUGCAAAAAGCCCUGUGUAUGCAGAACCAUUUGACUCACUAAAUGAUGCAGAAAUGAAGAAAGUUAAUCGAAGAUCAGCUCCAGCAAUGGGAAUCCAUAAAAGGAAGGCAAGAGCGGUCUCACAGACUCCUGAGCUGGAGACAAUAUUCUCUCCAGGAUAUGACAAUGAAGAUGGAAAUCAGACAUUUGAAAAUUUUGAAGUUCAAAACUCAGACAUUGGUCCAAACCGUGUUGACCAUAAAGCAUUACGGAGAACUCAAAGUGCCAAAGUUAAUUCAAAUAGGAAAUCUGAAAAAGACUCAUUACCACCUUCAAUAAGUGCCUUGCGUCUGGAUAGCAAAAAUUUAGUGAUUAAGAAAAAUUGUAAACAGUCCAGGAGCAAAACUAACAUUAUGUCUACCAAUAAGAGUGUUAGUUGCAUUCACCAAAGCCGAGAAUUUUCUUGGGAGGAACUGUCUAAAGAGCAACAAAGUGAAGUGACCUCGACACUGAGGAAGUUUCCAGUGUACAAGAGGAAGAUAUCUUGUGAAUCCUCAUCCACAGAUGGAACAGCUACAAUGGAGGACAUGAUAUCCUCUGUUAAUCCCUCACUGACUGUCCGACCGGUGCAAUUUCUAAAUCCUUUACAACAACGAAACAGCCCUUCAGAAUAUGAUAACUUAAAAAAUCCAACUACAGACAAUAAACGCCAGUCUCACGUUAGUACUGGCACUGUGUUUUGCAAGCCUUGGGAUAAUGUGUCUUUUGAAGCUUUAAUGAAUCCAAAAUUUGUCCCUCCCAUGGAUGUGAAUGAGAGAAUUCAGGCCUGGCAAGCUGCCCAUCAAGGGAGGGACAGUUUGUUAUCAGACAGUACAUUAGACUAUGUGUCUGAGGAUGAUGAUGAUGAAGAAGAUGAUGAUGGUGAUAAUUGGGAUGACGCUCCCAAAGUUUUUGUUCAUCCUCCGUCUUCGUCGGGAGGAAGUGUUGUGAACCAUUCUUGUAAUCCACAGCCUUCUAGUCAGUUACCACCACAAAUCCCACCACAGAUACCACCCAAAUUAUUCCCACUUCAGGAUUAUCCAGAUGUGUGUAAGACUGCAAUGAAAUCAGUGAUAGAAAAUCGACUCUCCAUUCAUAGCUAUGGAGGUUUUGGAGAUAGUUUUCCCAAAUCUCCAGAAACCAAUGUUGUCCACCAUAUGCCAUUGCCACCAUCUGCAGAUGAAAAUAGAGAUUGUAAGCAAAAGACACCAGAAUCCAAAAUUAUUGAUUACAUUUGCAGGCUUUCUAAAGAUAAAAAGACAACAUUUGGCUGUACCAUAGAGAACUUUAUACAGUGUACAUUGGAAAGCCAGGAAACAAACCCACACCAUGUCACCAGAAAUGUUCGUCAGUUUAUGACUGGAAUAAGGAACUAUCUGGUCAAGCAUGGGGAAGGUGAGCUGGAAGACCUGAUUGAGCAUGAGCGCGCUCGACUGAGACAGAACGAGAUCCUCAACAUUGACAACAUCAUCGAGCGCUCACUCCACAUCUGUGUUCUCCAUCCACUAAAACUCCACAUCUAUGACCUCUUUGUCACAGAGUACACAAGAAAUGGUAGUUUACAGAAGCUCUCCAGCAACAUUAAAUAUGCCAGAACAAAGUCAGCUAAAGACAUAGGGAUCAGGCCUGAUAUUCCUCUCCCAGAUUCUGGUACCAUGGAUACCAUUAAGAGCCAUCUACACAGUAUGCAGAAAGCAUACUCUCCUCUAAAGAAAAUGGAGCAUCUACUGGCAGCAACAUCUACUAUCUACAAAUGUAUGACACAAAAUAUCAGCAGAAAGGAGGGAGUUGUGACAAUAGGAGCUGAUGAUUUCUUGCCAAUGUUGAUCUUUGUGUUGGUGCAUUGUGGGAUGGUGGCAGCAGAAAUAGAGGCUGACUAUAUGUGGGGGCUAAUUCAUCCCUCCCUGCUCAAUGGAGAGGGGGGAUACUAUCUCACUUCUCUCAGCAGUGCUGUACUAGCCCUCAAAAACUUCCAAAAUAUGCAGGGAACACCCAGUGAUUCUCAGCAGGUGGAGGUCCCGGCUCUUGGUGACAUGGAGGGUUUUUUGAAGGUAGCCAUUCCUGAUGAACUGCGGGAUGCGAUCAUCUGGAAAACACUCCCUGUCCGACCUAACAUGAAUACUAAGGAUGUCUGUUCCAUGAUUGCUCAUAAGUUCCGGAUCACAAACCCCCAGGACUACGGCCUUUAUCUACUGGUCCAGGGAGAAGAAACUCGUCUUGGUGACAUGAAUAUUCCUCAGGUGAUAAAAUCUGAGAACAGCUCCCAUGGAAAACAGCCAGUAUUUGCUUACAAACGCAAUGCUGCAAUCAUAGCCUGGCCCAUGUCAGUCAAAAGGCAACAGAACUGCUGAAUGCAAAGAGAGUACAAGAAUGAAAAAAAGAUGCUCAAUUUGAAGGAGACAUUUUUUACAUGAAUUUUUUCACUGUUGAAUCUUUAGAAUUUCUCAGUUGAGUAAAAGGGAUUUUUUUUAUUAAGAGAUUUGUGUGAGUUACAGAUCAAAAUUUCAGUGAGGCUUAAAGAAAUCUGUAUUAAGUUUCUGCUUGAAUUAUUGAUACACUUUAUCAAAUUUCCUUCCUCUCAAACAAAGUUUGGGGGAUUUGAUACUAAGUCAUAGGAAUCUUUUUUUCUCUCAACAUGUUCUUGCAAUCAUUUUUGUGCCAUAAUCUUCUAAUGGAUAGACAUUGCAAGCCCAUACUUUAUACAAGGAUUGCUUUAAGGUUUGUCAUGACAUUGAUUUACUUGCAGAUUAAGCAAAAAAUCUACAUCCAGUUCAUAAUUUUCUAAUGAAGAAACAUGAAAAGUUCAUACUUUUGACAAAAAUUACCUCAAACCUGAGGGCAUAUCAUUACCUUGACCCAAGAUCAUUUAAUCAAGUUCAAGGUCACUUGGGAAAAAAAUAUAUCUCUUCUGUCCCGGUCAUGUCCUUUAGUGGAGGAAUAUUUGAACCUCAUUCUUGGCACAAAAAUUUCUAAAUAAUUCAUGAGUACUUGAAGCUACUUUGUGACAAUUAGAUUUCUCUGACAUGAAGUAAUUUUCAAAAAAAGCCUAUUUUAACAAAAUCAAGGUCAUAAAUAGAGAAAAAUAUAUUUUGAUAAAUUGGUCACAGAACAAAAUAAAAAUCUUGUAUGCAACAUCAAAAUUGGCCAACACCAUAUGACUGUCUCUUAGAUCCCAUUGGCUUAUUGUUUUCUGAAGGGUUGAAGUGUUUCUAAAGAAAAAAUUCUAAAGAUAAAAUCUGAUAAGUUUUUAGUUUGAUACUGAAGUAAAGAAAAAUUAAUACAAACAAUAAUUAGCUGUAUAACUACUCAUAAAUACUAUAUUUUCUAAUAAUUACUUCUGAAUCAGUAAUUUUAUUCAAAUCACACGUAUUUCAUUGCUUAGUUUGCCUUGACAGAGAUAUGUAUUGCUUGAUUACAAAGCAACAAAGUUAAGGCUAGCAAUUAAGCUUUUGUGACAUACUUUAAAAUUAAUUCCAUUGAGAGGAAAGACAUUUUUAGCUCUUCUGAGCCAAAGGCUCAAAGAGCUAAU